AUGAACACGAGAUCCAGAGCAUCUGUUUCAAACUUACUUUAUACUACAACAGUAACUGUUGAAGAAUCAGUAUCAACUGAAACACUACAACCCUUGACAUCUGAUGAGAGUUCAUCAGUAGGACGACGGGGAGAAGAGGAGCUGUCAAAUUUCGAAGAAGCCAAGGCAGAUCCUAUGUGGAAUAGAGCAAUGGAGGAGGAAAUUUCCUCUAUUCGGAAAAGUGAAACUUGGAAGCUUGUUCCAUUACCUGAUAGCCACAAACCUAUAGGUCUAAAGUGGGUUUACAAGCUAAAGAAUGACACUCAAGGAAGAAUUAUGAAGCACAAGGCGAGAUUAGUGGCAAAAGGGUACGUUCAACGACAAGGCAUAGACUUUGAUGAAGUUUUCUCCCCUGUUGCUCGACUAGAGACAGUAUGUUUGCUGAUCUCUAUAGCUGCACAUGAAGGAUAG